AAAUUAAAAAGCACACAAAAUCAUUUCUGAUUUCUCUCUCUCACAAGUCGCAAACUGUAUUCCAUUUCACACUCACGUACACUUGCUCUCAUAAGUAACUUCAACUUGCUCUGUCUUUCCAGUGAUUCUCUUUCUCAGUAUCUCAAAGUCAAAUUCUUUUCCAGGCCACAUUGCCUCUCCAGUCUCAAAUCCGCCAUAUCUUUCUUCUUUGGUCUCUCACCAUUUCUGGUCAUCUAAGCCAUCCAGUUUCCCAAUUUUAUUACUUAAAUAUUCAUCAAUCUUGUUUGCCUGGUCAAAAAUAUUAGAUGCCCACAUGCCUGUUUUGUUCACUGACCCAAUAGGAAAGAUAUGAUACUUUGGCUAUGGUCAAGGCGGCACUCAACGCCGGAUUCUUGAAUUUCUGGCUUCUUCACUUCCACUUUCAGGUACCAAACUCUGAAUAGGUUUCCAAUCUGUUUCGUUGUCAUUGUUUUCUGCUUGUUCCAUCAUUAGCCCUUGAAAUUCUGUGAUCUGGGCAAGAUUUUUCCUUAUAAACUUUGAAAUGUGAUACAUUAGCCUUGAAUUUUAGUCGGUCGUUGACCAAACCUUUGAAAGGUUCCCUUUCUUGAGUUGAAUCUCUUAUUUUACGAGUCACAUUAUUUUCAAUCUUAAAAAUCUAGAUAUUUACCUGCGUUUUUCCCUUGAGUUUUGCCUCAUAAUGUGCAAUUUGAAGUUCUUCCUGAUUAAUUUAGUGGCUUUGUAAGCUUCUUGUUUUGUUGCAUUUCUAAGGAUAUUAAGUAUGCUUAAACACGACAGAUUCUCCCAUGUUUCACCUCUUCUGCAAUUUAUCUCUAUUUGGUGCUUUCUAUUUCAUGUGGUCCACUCACAAAUUUCUUUAGGUUCAAAACUUUCUGUAGAGGAAAAUGAUUCAUGGGUUUCUCCUAAUGGUAAUUUUGCUAUUGGAUUCUUUAACUCUUCUGAUCAGCCAAAUCAGUAUAGUGUAGGGAUUCGUUUCAAUUCUAAAUCUAUUCCUGUUAGUAAACAAAUUGUGGUUUGGGUUGCUGGAGCUGAUGUUACAGUUGGUAACAAGUCCUAUUUCCAGCUUUUAAAAAGUGGGGAACUGGUUUUGGUUGAUUCUUUGAAGGGAGUCACUGUAUGGAGUAGUAAAACUGGCCAAUCAGUUGUUUCAGCUCUUCUUCGUGACGAUGGCAAUCUUGUUUUACUGGAUGCAGCGGGAGAUGUUAUUUGGCAAAGCUUUGACAAUCCAACUGAUACACUUCUUCCCGGCCAGAAUUUAUCUGUUUAUAAAAGACUUAGAGCUGCAAGCAAAAAUUCUGUGUCAAGUUAUUAUAGUCUUUACAUGAAUGCUUCAGGGCAGUUACAGCUAAGAUGGGAAAGUAAUGUCAUGUAUUGGAAUAGUGAAAAUCCGUCUGCUUUGAACCUCAGUGCUGUUAUUACAUCUAACGGAGUUCUGCAACUUGUGAACCAGACUUCGGAACCCAUUUGGUCUGUCUAUGGAGAAGAUCAUAAUGACACUGUAGAUUUUCGGUUACUAAGGCUAGAUGUUGAUGGUAAUCUGCGGAUGUACUCAUGGAUUGAUGCUUUGAAAUCUUGGAGAUCAGUUUGGCAAGCUGUUGAGAAUCAGUGCAAUGUGUUUGCAACCUGUGGCCAACAUGGCGUCUGUGCUUUCAAUGCAUCAGGUUCAGCUGUAUGCCGAUGCCCAUUUAAGAUAAAAGCUGAUCCUAACUCAAAAUGCUUCGCACUAGAUUGCACCAAGGGUUCUAAUGUGGAAGAAUAUAACAAUACAUUUCUUUAUGAGAUUUAUCCACCAAGUGAUUCUGUUGUCCUAACUAGUUUGCAGCAAUGCAAGACCUUGUGUAUGAGGAAUCCGAUUUGUACGGCCGCAACCUUCACAAAUGAUGGAACUGCUCAAUGCCGGAUGAAAACCACCCCUUACUUCUCUGGGUAUUCAGGCCCCUCUUUAAGUUCAAUAUCUUUUAUUAAGUCAUGUAAUGACCCAUUAGCUGUUAAUCCCAACGUUGUCACAUCUUCUUCAGCGCAAUCUCCAGCUAAGCCCUCUUAUGGAUUUUGCAUUCCUUGUCUAAUAGGAGCUGCCUCAGGUACAUUUGUUCUAUUUGCUGUGGUUCAGUUAGUGCUUGGCUGCUACUUCUAUAGAAAAAGAAAUUUGAUUUGGAAGAAGGCUGCCUUAGCCUACAUGAGCAGCAACUCAAAGGGUGUAAUGAUGCUGUCCUUUGCUGAAAUAAAGGACAUCACAGGAAAUUUCAAACAUCAAAUUGGGCCAAAGAUGUAUAGAGGUGUGCUUCCAAACCAACAGCUAGUUGCAAUUAAGGACUUGGAAACAACAAUAGAAGAAAGAAAGUUCCGGGUUGCUGUUUCGAAAAUAGGAAGCAUACAUCACAAAAACUUAGUGAAGCUUAAUGGCUAUUGUUGUGAGUUAGGUCAGCGAAUUUUGGUGUAUGAGUAUGUCAAACAUGGUUCUAUGGAUAAAUAUUUAGAAGAUGAUGAGUUGAGUAAGAGAUUGACCUGGAGAAGAAGGAUUGACAUAUGUUUAGGUGUGGCAAGAGCUAUUUCUUAUUUACACACAGGAUGCAGGGAGUUUAUAAGCCAUGGAAAUUUGAAAUGUGAAACUGUAUUAUUGGAUAAAAAUUUUGAAGCCAAGCUGAGUGAAUUUGGGUUGGGGAUGGUUCAUUCUGGGGCAACAAGUGUUCGAGAGAAAGAUGUGGAGGAUUUUGGCAAGAUGGUGUUGAUAUUAGUAACCGGCUGCUGCAGAGUCGAGGAUGUUUGUGAGUGGACUUAUAAGGAAUGGAUUGAGGGGCACCCGGAAAGGACAGUAGAUAAAAGAAUUGGUGAUGAGGUUGAUGUACAGGAGCUGGAGCGAGCAUUUAGAAUUGCAUAUUGGUGCCUUCAAACAGACAAACGAAUGAGACCCUCGAUGAACGAGGUAGUGAAAGUAUUAGAAGGUACAUUGACAGUGGAUCCCCCACCGCCUCCUUUUGCUGGCCAGAGGUCAGGAGCAGAAGAAUCAUUAUAGUCAGGCUCAGAAUUAUAGGUUCAUUUAAAUUGUGAUGAAACUAAUCUUUUUUUGUUUUCUCCAUUUCAAUUCUGUAUAGUAGGACUAACUAUCCAUGGCAGUGACAAUCUGAAACCAAUUUAAAGGCAUGCCAUUUUUUUUCCCCAGAUGGGGGCAAGAUUGUAGAGUAGUUUGAGAAGAUAGUUCCAAUGAGAUAUUCCUAAACUGAAAUGUUCAGCAUCUACUGCAUUGUUUUUUUACUGCAGAAGUUUAUAUUGGGUCCAUUUUUUGCUUUCUCAUUCA